AUGGAAUUGCCGGUGACAAUGCCGGUUUCUGGUGGCCAGAUAACAACACCCUACAGAAUUGAAACAAGAAAUCUGGGCUACAAAUUAUGUACCCAAUUUGAUGAAAUGAAGUUUGUGUGUUGUGCUACUUCAAGGAGGGUUCCAAGUUUCAUUUUGAAGGAUGUAAACUGUGAAGCAAGGCCUGUAGAGAUCACUGCAAUUGCUGGUCCUAGUGGGGCUGGAAAAACCACACUGCUAGAGAUUCUUGCUGGGAAGAUAUCUCCAAAGAAAGUUUGUGGUCAAGUGCUGGUUAAUGAUCAGCCUAUGGACACCAAAAGUUUUCGGAGAAUAUCGGGAUAUGUCACACAAGAUGAUGCCCUAUUCCCAUUACUUACAGUUGAAGAAACACUCAUGUUUAGUGCUCUGCUAAGGCUUCAUGGUGGGAGAAAAGAGGCUGCAUCUAAAGUGAGACAGCUGAUGAAGGAGCUUGGGUUGGAGCAUGUUGCAGCUUCAAGAAUUGGUUGGGGAUCCAAUAAUGGCAUUUCGGGUGGGGAAAGGCGCAGAGUUUCAAUUGGAGUUGAUUUAGUUCAUGAUCCAGGUGUGAUUUUGAUUGAUGAACCAACUUCAGGGCUGGAUUCUGCCUCAGCUUUCCAUGUAGUGUCCUUGCUCAAAACUAUGGUUGUCAAUCAAGGCAAGACUAUUGUUCUGACCAUUCACCAACCUGGUUUUCGAAUCCUAGAGAUAUUCGACCGCAUUAUUCUGCUUUCCAAUGGCACUGUCAUGCAUAAUGGAUCAUUGCAUCUUCUCCAACGAAGACUCAAUUCUGCUGGCCAUUGCAUCCCCAACCAUGUUAAUCUACUCGAAUUCGCCAUUGAUGUUAUCGGCAGCUUGGAUGGUACACCAACUUCAGAAACCUUGAACAUCCAUCCUUUCCCUUUGCAAGAAAGGCUUGUAUGCUCUCACAAUUUGGAAGGAAAGCUUCUAAUCUACCCUAAUUCUCGACUCGAGGAAGUUGUUAUACUAGGACAAAGAUUUUGCAGCAACAUAUUUAGAACCAAGCAACUGUUUGUCACAAGAGUCAUACAAGCCUUGGUAGCUGGGUUGGUACUUGGGACCAUUUUCUUAAAUGUUGGCAGGGAAAAAGGGAGCAUUGCCUUACAAACCCAAACUGGAUUUUUUGCCUUCAGCCUCACUUUCUUGCUAUCUUCCACAACAGAAGGCUUACCAAUUUUCUUACAAGAGAGAAGAAUUCUAAUGAGUGAGACUUCCAAAGGAGCUUAUAGAGUUUCCUCCUAUGUUAUAGCAAACACCCUCAUAUUUCUUCCUUUUCUUUUCAUGGUUGGUCUUCUAUAUUCCACUCCAGUUUACUGGUUGGUUGGAUUAAGGAGGAACAUUGAUGGAUUUCUCUACUUCUCUCUGGUGGUCUGGAUGGUUCUUCUGAUGUCCAAUUCUGUUGUGGCUUGUUUCAGUGCUCUCGUGCCAAACUUCAUCAUGGGAACUUCAUUGAUUUCAGGGCUCAUGGGAUCUUUCUUUCUCUUUUCUGGGUACUUCAUAUCGAAGGAUAGCAUACCAAGUUACUGGAUUUUCAUGCACUACUCAAGUCUUUUCAAGUACCCUUUUGAGUGUUUUAUAAUAAAUGAGUAUGGAGGCGAGCAGAGAAGAAGGUGCAUACAAAUUGACAAAGAUGGAUGCAAUCUAUUUGGGGAUGGAUUCUUAAGACAACAGGGUUUAAGGGAGACACAAAAGUGGAGCAAUUUAGCUGUGAUGUUUGGUUUCAUAAUUGGUUAUAGAGUGCUUUGUUUUCUCAUUCUGUGGUACAGAUGCUGCAGAAACAGAGACUAG